GGGGGGGGGGGGGGGGGAGAAAAGAGGUAACUGAACAACUAAAGAUCCUCUCGAGCUUUGCGAUCUUACGUUACCAAAGCAAGUCUCUCGCUUCUUCUCUUAAUUACAAUUCUGCCACUUUCUUCUUCUCCAUAAAGCCUCUUCCUUUUUCUCUCUCUCUCACACUACAAAGCUCGUUCUUCUUCUCUUGUUUCAGAUCACUGUCCGAAUUCAGACAAUUUCUGGUGGGUUAAUUGGGAGAAUGUCGGAGAACGAGGCUGUCCCCGACGAGUUUCGCUGCAACCGCUCCGACGGGAAGCAAUGGAGGUGCAAGAGACGAGCUUUGGAAGGGAAGAAGAUGUGCGAGACUCACACCUCGCAGCUUACUCUGAAGCGAAGCAAGCAGAAGGCUGCCGCUGAGUCGACGAGAUCAAGAAGAGGAGACGAAGCGUCGGAGAUCGAGCGAGAGGGGCUGGGGAGAUCGAAGAAGAAGAGGGAGAGAGCAGAGGCUGUUGAUGAAGCGGUGAGGAAGAUGAAGUUGAAGAGAGGGGAUUUGCAGUUGGAUUUGAUAAGGAUGGCGUUGAAGAGAGAAGCUGAGAAGAAGAAGAAGAAACCAAAGAAGAAGAAGAUUAGUGUUAAUAAACGGUUUGGUGAUUUCGUUGGGGAGGAGUUAACGAAGGUUCUUCCUUAUGGCAUUAUGGCUAUCUCUCCACCUUCUCCGACUACAAGCAAUGUGUCUUCUCCUUCUCCUUGUGAUGUUAAAGUUGGUGAAGAACCUGUUUCCUUGACUAAGAGAAGGUUCAGGUCUAAGAACAUUGAGCCUUUACCUUUUGGGAAGAUGCAGGUGGUUCCUUUCAAGGGGAAGUUGGUUAAGGCCAAGAAGAGGUGCCAUUGGUGUGGAACCAGAGGAUUUGAGGAUUUGAUUAGCUGUCUGAGUUGUGGAAGAGAGUUCUUUUGUGUAGAUUGUAUUGAGAAAAGGAACAAGGGAUCAAAAGAAGAAGUUGGGAAAAAAUGCCCUGUAUGCUGUGGAACAUGUAGGUGCAAGGCUUGCUCAGCCACUAUAUCUGGAGUCACUGAAUGUAAGGAUUCUCGGAAAGUAAGGAGUGAUAUUGACAGGGUUUUGCAUCUACAUUAUGCUGUGUGCAUGCUUCUUCCUGUAUUAAAACAAAUCAACGCUGAAGACAAAGUAGAGGUGAAUCUAACUGAACCGCAGAUCCAUAGCUCUGACUUAACCUCUGAUGAACAAGAGCUCUGUAGUCAUGACUCUGCCGUUGUGGAUUCGGAAAAGAUGUGCACACGCAGCUCCUCUAUUCUCAGGCUGAGUUCUGAUCAAGACUGUAAUCAAAGGAGCUUAUCGAAAAAGGUUGGAUUAGUCAAGUGCUCGAACGGUGUAGAAUCUUGUAAGCAAUCUCUAAAGAAAGCUCUGGUAGAUUGGAAGCGUGAAGAGGUGAAAAGGUGCAGCAAUAACCUUUCUUUGAGAAGUCUAUUCUCUCUGGAGUUGACAAGCAAGUUAGAGAUCAGUGCCGAAGAAAUAGUCAGUUGCUAUGAGUUGCCUGAAACUUUAGAUAAACACUUGGGAUGUCCGUUUUGUCUUGGAAAGGAAAAGCCAUCCACUAGUUGUGAAAGCCGUUUGAAAGUAGCAUCCAGGAGAAGAGGAGACGCAUCUGAUAACUUCUUAUACUACCCCACAGUGAUGGAUUUUCAACAAAACAAUCUCGAACACUUUCAGACGCACUGGAGCAAAGGGCAACCUGUUAUAGUUCGUAGUGUGUUAAAGCGAGGUUCAAGCCUGAACUGGAAUCCAAUAGCCUUGUUUUGUAGCUAUCUUAAAAAGAGCAAUAGCAAAACCAGUAAUACAACUGAUUGCGCGGAUUGGUUUGAGGUAGACAUUGGGGUGAAACAAGUUUUUUUGGGGUCUUUGAGAGGAGAGGCUGAGACUAAUACUUGUCAAGAGAGGCUGAAGCUAGAUGGAUGGCUUUCGUCUUCUUUGUUUGAAGAACAGUUCCCAAAUCAUUUUGCUGAAAUACUGAGAAUUUUACCAAUUCCUUAUUACAUGGAUCCAAAGCGUGGUAUACUAAAUAUAGUUGCUGGCUUACCUGAUGUUAUCCAAGCACCCAACCUAGGUCCAUGCCUCAGUAUAUCUUACAGGAGUGGUGAAGAAUAUGCAAAGCCUGAUUAUGUGAAGAAGCUGGGUUUUGAAGCUUGUGACAUGGUUGAUAUCUUGUUGCAUGCCACUGAAACAGUAGUGUCAACAAAACAGAUUUGCAGAAUAAGAAAGCUAAUGCAAAAUAUUGGGAAAGUAAGAUCUAAAAACUCCGAAAAGGGGAAGGAGAGCAGAGUUGGUAAGGGAAAGAAACAAGAUAGGAUUAACGCUUCAUAUGCUCAGGGGGAUUGGUCGGAUGACUCUUCCAGUUCUGACUCAGAAUCUUCACAACACCGUUUAGGCAGUAGUGAGUUUAAGGUAGAGGAAAGAGAAAGUUGCAAUGACUCUUUUGAAGAAGAAGGAAGCCUUAGCAACUCCUGCGGUGCCAAAUGGGAUGUAUUCCAGGUUCAAGAUGUUUCUAAACUUCUUGAGUAUAUUAAGAACCACUGUCUGGAGCUAGUACCCAUGGAUUCCACCAAAACACAAGUGAGUCAUCCAUUACUUGAGCAGAGUUACUAUCUUGAUGAGUAUCACAAAGCAAGGCUUAAGGAAGAGUUUGACGUUGAACCGUGGAGUUUUGAUCAAUGUGUUGGAGAAGCAGUCAUCGUCCCUGCUGGAUGUCCAUACCAAAAUAGAAAGAACAAGUCUUGUGUGAAUGCAGUCCUGAAUUUUCUCUCACAUGAGCACGUUGCUGAAUCUAUCAAACUAGUGGACGAGCUUAGUCAACUUCCUCAGAGCGUCAAAACGAAAGCAAACAAGAUUGAGGUGAAGAAAAUGGCAAUCUAUAAAGUCAGCGAAGCCAUAAAGGAGAUCCGAGAGCUCACAUCUGCAGACUCAACCGCUGCAUCGAGGUUAUAAUUAGAACUAGAGGUACCAUAUCUUUGAUUAUUGACGAUUGAGAACUACUACAGCAUUCUUGGAGGAAAGAUUCUAGCUGUUGAGUUAUAGUUUCAAGGACUAGCAGAAUGUAAAGAGAUAUAUUGAAAUAAACAAACAAAGAACAAAAGAGAAGCAAUUGAUUUGGCAUUCAGAUUGUUGUUAGGUGAUGAAUAAUAAAGAAUCAUUGAUGUUAAACUCGCAAUUUACGUAUGUUACAAAAGUUUACUCGUUUAGAUU